AUGCCUUCCGGCGCGCAAAACGAAGCCCUCACCACCCACAACGAUGCCCGCGCGCGAAAAGGUGUCCAGCCCCUACAAUGGGAUGAUAAUCUCGCUAACGACGCUCAAAACUACGCGCAAGUCCUAGCGGACACAAAGGACUUUAAGCACUCUGGAGUCGAUGGCCAAGGCGAGAACCUCUUCAUGUCCAGCGCCGACGCCUCUCUCGCCGACGCCGUGCGCGCGUGGCUCGGCGAAGAGGCAAACUAUCACGGAGAAAAGAUUGGGGAAGGAGAUUUUGGGGCUUGGGGGCAUUACAGUAAGCCGGACGACUUCGAAGCGAUCGUGGAGACGAUGAGCUAA